AUGGAUGCGGAUCCGUCGCCAUGGGGGCUUGUCAAGGUCCCCACCAUCCCAUCUCCCAGUCUGCAUAGUCGUCAAGGCGUUACAGUACCGGCCAUGCUUGCCCCGCGAUUAUCCCGAAUUGUCCUCAUGGUCCGCGGUGCGCAAGGCGUGGCGUCGGCCGUGGAGUUUUACCACGGCGCCCUGGGACUACCGGUGACAAGGCUGACGGACGACUGGGCCGAACUCGACGUGGGCGCGCACGUCUCCUUGACGUUGCAGGCUGUACACGGCAUGGAAGCUCAACUGACGACGGGAUAUUCCCCCCUGCUCACGCUCCAAGUCGACAGUAUGGACGAUACCGUUUCAGCUUGUGCACAAAUGGGAGGGCACCUGGACGGACCGAUACAGUAUCCCGCGCACGGCAAGGUGGCGGCUCUACGAGCACCCGACGGACACAUGAUUGGUCUGUACGAACCGAACCGUGUGGGGGGUUCUCGCAGCGACGAAUAA